CAGCAAUAUGUUCAGAGUGUUACAGUCAACCCAAAAUGACGACGUGAAGAAAGUCAACCGUAUAAGUUACAAGAAGACUUAUAAUGGGAUAAUAAAGGUUUUGGAUGAGUAAUACAUCUCAAAGAUGUCUUGUGGGAUCAAAGAUAAUUUAGGAUGGGAAGAAGGUGACACUGCUGGGGUCAGCAAGGGGGUACUAGCCUUACGCUUGGUAGAAGAGAUGAUGAUGCUAUUCAUGAGGGAAUGAAAGAUGAAGAGGAUGGGGACUACAAAGUGAUUUAUCUGCUCGACUAUUCGUUUGUGCAGAAUCAGAUUGAUUUAAUUGACCAAUACGACGAAUUAAGUAAUUGUGUCAUACUAAAAUCAACUCAUGAGAGUAUCAUGGCAGGUCCAAACAGAAUGGCAGCUUUCAACAAGUGGAACAUUAUUCAAGAUAUCAUUGAGAAUCGAUGAGAAUCAUGAGAGUACUUAUUUUAGUUAGAAGGAAGUUGAGAAAUACCUUUGUGGGAAAAGUAAAGAUUUCAAGAACCGUCUCAAAGCGUUGAGAGCAUUGGUAUUUUACAACAUUCACCUUCGUGAGGUACUUGAUGAGGACCACAAGGUUGUACUCCUGACUGAUUCCAAUUUAAAACUCUAAGUGAGCUUGAUAACUAAGUGAUUAGAAAUGAGUUUACUGAUGUGGUCGCAGUCAUAAGCUUUGAGUUCUUCCAAACAGCUAUAAAUGGUUUGGUCUCUAAGAGAUAAUGCAAGUAAAGUUAUUGAAGUAUUUUUGAAGGGGAACUGAGCCAUCAAUGAAUGAGCAAGAAGCUUUCCUGUUGCUUCUCCUGACUUGAUACUAUCUAU